UAAUGAUUACGUCAUUGUGUCAUGUUGGCGGCAUUGCGACUUGCGAGUGUUAAUGCCCGCUGGUCACGAGUGUGCUGCGAAUUUUUAUUUUCGUGCCCAAGUGAAAUAAAUUACGGAUAAAUAAUUGUGUCAUUGAAACCACCAGUAAGAAAAACAACACAAGAUGAUAACGGCGGUUAACGAAUUUCUAGAUGACCUUCGCGGCGGCAGAAUGGCGGACUCUCCGAUCGCGACCGUAGAACAGGGCCAGCUGCAGGGCAAGCUGGUGCACUCGCCCACCGGGAAGGCCUUCUACAGCUUCCAGGGCAUCCCGUACGCCAAACCACCCAUCGGCUCCUUGAGGUUUAGAGCUCCGCAACCGCCCGAGCCUUGGGAAGGACUUCGCGAUGCGACCUCAGAAGGCAACUGUUCGGCACAGUUUGAUUUCUUUGCCAGCAACCAAUACGAAGGCGACGAGAACUGCCUUUUCCUCAACGUUUACACACCAAAUCUUGACGGAGAGUUCCUUCCAGUCAUGGUUUAUAUCCACGGAGGGGGAUUCCGCUUCGGUUCGGGCAGUUCCUACUUCUUCGGUGGGGAUUAUUUAGUCGAGAAAGAUGUCGUAAUAGUCACUAUUAACUACAGAUGUGGAGCGCUAGGUUUCCUAAGUCUGAACACUCCUGAAGUCCCUGGAAAUGCUGGCAUGAAAGACAUGGUCCAAGCGCUUCGAUGGGUCAAGCAAAAUAUUAAAAAUUUCGGAGGCAACUCUGGGAAUAUAACCAUAUUUGGUGAGAGCGCCGGCGGUGUUGCUGUCUCAUAUUUAACAGCUAGUCCCAUGUCUAAAAAUCUGAUCAGCAAAGCGAUUAUACAGUCCGGAACAGGGUUGAACAGUUGGGGUUUCCAACAUAAUCCAUUGGAGAAUGCAAGGGUUUUAGCUAGCGAAUUGGGUUGCGAAUCUACGGACGUAAAUGAUAUCCUGGAAUAUUUGUCUACCACCCCAGUGAAAGACAUAGUUGAGGCUACAGAAAAAAUGAAACCUUUGGAAGCUUUCAUUGAAUCUGCCAAAAGUUUCUUUGUGCCGGUAGUUGAGAAGGAAUUUGCUGGUGUGGAGCCAUUCUUAACUGAAGCCUUCGUGAGUGUUUUGACGUCUGGUCGAGUGGCUGAUAUACCGAUUAUGAUCGGUUCGAACACCCUCGAAUUCACUUUCGACACAAGUGAAGAUUUACAGAAAUAUAUCCCGCAAGAAUUGCAUAUCGAGAGGGAUAGCCCAGAAUCUUUGGCCAUAGCCGAUGAAAUUAAAAAACUAUACUUCAAAGGUGAUCCUACGGUCGAUAAGUACAGGUUGCUUUCUGAUUUCCUCAUCAACAUCGGCGUCCAUAGAUAUGUGCAUUACUUGCUCAAUGUUACGAACAAACCGAUAUAUUAUUACAAGUUUGCAUACGUAGGCGGAUUAAAUCUAUCCAAGGACAUCUUCAAGAGCGUGUCAUUGAAUUACGCGGGACAUUUGGAUGAACUGGGAUACCUGUUCAAGAGUGAACCAACGAAAGAUGUGGAGCCAUCUCCUCAGGAUAUUAAAACGAGGGAGAGAAUGCUGAGGUUGUGGACUAACUUCGCCAAGACUGGGAAUCCCACACCUGAUGAGAACCACUACCUAACUGUGACCUGGUUGCCGGCGACCAAGGACAAAGUUAACUAUUUGAAAAUAAAUAAUGAACUGUCUCUCGAAACGGAUCCUGAUAAAGAACAAAUGGAAUUCUGGGACAACUUGUACAGCAAACACUUCAAAAUUUGGGAUGUACAGAUCACAAAUGAGGAUGCUUCACCAGUUUCACCAUUAUCACCAAUUUCACCAAAGAGUGAACCAAUUUCACUGUCAAGUGAACCAGUCAUUGUUGCUACAUCACCAGUCAUAGUCGAAGAGACAAUUGUCACCACCGUCACCACUGUUGUCAACGAAAGGGGUGAAGAAAAAACCAGCACCCAAGUACUCGUUGACGUACAAGACAGCACGGGACAACACUACCAAGAAUCCUUCAACGAUUUGAAGGGCAACCUCGAACAGAACUUUGAUCUUGUACAGGACAAAUUAGCUCAAGUACAGAUUAAUGAUAACGAUGUACAGGUCAACGAUAGCUCGGUGCAGGUUCAGGAUAAUGAAACGGUAUAUGUUGUUGACAACCCGGUUAAACCUGAUGUUAUCAUAACUGGUCACACUGUCAUCGAUGAUCACCCAGGAAAGUUGGUGAACAUCGUCAAGUUGCAAGAGAAAUUUUCAAAUAACCAGAACGGUGGUGAUGAACACAAGUUUAAUGGUAAUUUCGAGAAGAAACCGCGGCCAUCUAACGAAAUCAAAAUGGCGCAGAACAGUAGCCCUGUCAAUCCGAAAGACGUGAUAAGGGCAAACGAUCCCCCCGAGGAUGAUUUGCCCAAGAAUAUUGGUGUUAAUAAAUUUGUUAAUUUCUUCGAGUCUUUGGGUGGUAAGAAGUAAUUUAUAUACUACAUCUAUGUGUAUGAUCACAUCAACUCACGCAAAAAAUGUUGCCAGGAUUUUAUAAAAAAAAACAACACUAGUAGAAAAAUGCAGUCAGUUGUUUAUAAUACACAGAGGGUGUAAAUAAUACUCGGCAUUAACAACAGACUAUAAUUUGCUAAAAAAUUAAGAUCUAAAAACACAGUUUAUCUGGUAUGUUUAGCAGUUUGGUGUUUUAACGUUUUUACGAUGUUGGUGUGACCAUAUGCGAUUUCUCGAACUUGUCAUGCAUUUUGUUUAUUUAAACAGUUUUACAAAAAUCCGUUACUAUUUUUUUAUAUUUACAAUAUUUUCUGGGGCUGUCGCGUAAUAAUUAAGUUAACAGAAUUCACAUUUAGUAACACGCGUCGUAUACACUUAUGACGUCAUCCGCAUCCUUACAAACGAACAAUAUGACGCGAGUUGGUAAUUGUGCAAUGCAUUUAUGGUACGAGAAUCGGCAUAAGAAGCAUACCCAGUGGCGUGCACAAGGUUUUUAACUAGGGUAUGCACUAUAGGUAUAAAUUGUAAAAAAUGGGAAAUUCUUCUUCCAAUACAGGAAGGAAUGAAUUUUUAGGGUAUGCAUUGUUUUUAUGCAUAUAUAAAGUGCACGCCAUUGUAUACCCUCAUCUGUCAUACUUGGGAUAAGAAAUAAAUGACAGAAAAUAUUCACAUUGCAAAUGGUUGCCUAGUAACAUUACGGCCGGAUAGUGUUAAAUGAUGACUUUUUUUUCAUUUAUUUAAUCUACUUCCCUCAUUGGUUAAUUGCAAAAAAAUUUACACCAGUUAAAAGGCAACAGAAUUGCAAACGUAAAAGUUGCCUGCUUUCACACUGCAAAUGUGGGAUUGCCAGAUAUAAACAGUUGAGUAUGUUAUAUAUAUACCCUCAUAAGUUAUUUAGUCGUCUAAUAUGUCAAAUGAAAGCUUAAUUACGUUGUAUUUCCUUUGAACUUCAAUAUACUCGCGUCAUAUUAAAGUGGGCGGAUAAUUGUGCUUCUGAGUAUAGUUCAGUUUCCUAUAUUGUGUUUGAAAAAAAUGUCUAGCCGCAAUCUAACUAGGCAAUGUGAAUAUUAUCUAUAAUUUAUUUUUUAUCACUAAUAAAUAACAGAUGAGGGUAUAUAUUUGCUUAUUGCCGGAUCUUAGAUCAUUAUAGACACAAAAAUGUGAACACCAUUUAUCUUUGUUUACAUAAAUAGCUGUAACAAUAUAAAAGAAAAACAGUUUAAGACUCGAAAUAGCAUAAUUUUUAGCGAAUAUUAUUUUAUUCAUUCCUAAAUGUUUGCAGACUGAUUGAUAUUUUUGAUCAAAAGAUAUAUUAUACAGUAUUAUAAUUACAGAUCAUUCCAUGUUGUAUUCCUGAAUUUGUAACGAUUGCAUUUAUUCGUCUCGAUAUUAUGGCAAAAUAACAAGUGAACGUUUUGGUAUAAAAGUUGAGUUGCCAGCUACAAAUAAUACAUUCCUCGCAAAAUUUGGUAGAAAAUGUUGUUUUGAUGUAUUCGUUUUAUUUGUGUGAUGACAAGUGCCUUUUUAAUAUUUAAAUGAGUUUUUGCUUAAUUUUAUUAUUGAACUGUAACAUUUUUUAUAGUAAGAAAUAAGGAAAUAUAUUUAAAGUAGUCACUAUCAAUAAGCACGUCUAUACAAACUGCUAAAAUAUUUGAAUAUUUCUUAAAAGAUCGAAAGGUAUAUUGUGAAUAUUUCUAAAUUUUGAAUUAUUAUUAAAAAUAUCUUAUUUGAUUGAUAUAUUAUAUUUCAAAAAUUUGGUGUGGUGGAUGUUCUUCCAAAUUAUUAUCGUAAAUUCGUAAGGCGCUCUUUGCAAUAAUGUCAAGUUAUAGCGUCUUGACUAAGUCAUAAAAUAAUAAUAAUGUAUUUAUAUUAUUUAAAAAUUAAUUAAUUGUGUUUAUCUGUGGGAUCAGUAAAAGUUAUUAUUUAAGGUUUUUGUUUUCUAUAGAAAGAUUAAGAAAAUUAUGUAUUUAAAAAGAGUUAAUUCUAAGCUAACUAAAUUAAAUUUGGCAAUUUAUUUUAUUAUAUCUGGUACUUAAUUUAAUGUUUUUAAUGGAAAAAUGUGUUUUAAAAGAGGGGUAUAGAUGAAGACUUAAAUAAACCAAUUAUUUUUGAUGAUGGUUUAAGUUAAAAUUAAUACCACUACUGAGAAAGUUAUGAAGACGUAACUUUGUGAUUUCAUGUUUAGAUAUUCUUUCCUCAUUUGGACACAUUUAUGUACAAAAAUACAUUAAUAUCAAAGCAAUGAUUUAUUUAUGAGAGAUGUAAAUUGUGAAAUUAAUUUAGAUAUUCAGUGCCAAUAAUGAUUCUAGUUAUAAUUUUCAUUUCAUGAUUUCAUAUAUUAGAGAUGCGUAUUUUUUAUAUAUAAUAAUAAUGAAUAAAUCGAGCGAAACAUUU